AGGUGUUCCUAAACUGCUGGUCGCGGAAGUCUCGGAAUUCGGUGGGAGAGAGAACAUAUAUUUCCAAACCUACUCUGGGAUUAUCAGCAUAUUGUUUGAAAUAUUUUCAAUUUUGUGCAUUGGCAUUGAAAUUAAUCAUUUCGCAAUUUAGAAUUUUAGUCACAAACAUUUAUUAUUUAUAAAGAUGAUAAACAGUCUCUUUAUUAUAAAUUCUUCAGGAGAUGUUUUUAUGGAGAAACAUUGGAAGAGUGCAGUCGCACGUUCGCUUUGUGACUAUUUCUUUGAUCAGCAGCGAAGGGUCUUGUCUCCAGAGGACACACCACCAGUGAUAGCUACUCCACAUCAUUAUCUCAUUAGUAUAUAUCGCUGUAACAUGUUUUUUAUAGCAGUGUGCAUGACGGAGGUUCCACCAUUAUUUGUUAUUGAAUUCUUGCAUAGGGUAGUAGAUACCUUUGAGGAUUAUUUCAGUGAAUGCACAGAAACCAUUAUAAAAGAAAACUAUGUGGUGGUAUAUGAACUAUUGGAUGAGAUGUUGGACAAUGGUUUCCCUCUGGCAACAGAAUCUAAUAUAUUGAAAGAAUUGAUCAAACCACCUAAUAUUCUACGCACCAUUGCUAACACUGUUACAGGAAAAUCCAACGUUAGUGCAAUCUUACCAAGUGGACAACUAUCUAACGUUCCUUGGAGACGAACUGGAGUGAAAUACACCAACAAUGAAGCUUACUUUGACGUUGUUGAGGAAGUAGAUGCAAUUAUUGAUCGAACUGGAGCAACAGUAUUUGCAGAAAUUCAGGGCUAUAUUGAUUGUUGUAUAAAAUUAAGCGGUAUGCCAGAUCUCACUCUCUCAUUUAUGAAUCCGAGACUGUUUGAUGAUGUUAGCUUCCAUCCCUGCGUUAGAUUUAAAAGAUGGGAGUCGGAAAGGAUUCUUUCUUUUAUUCCACCUGAUGGUAAUUUUCGACUCCUCUCUUACCACAUAGGAUCACAAAGCAUUGUAGCAAUUCCUAUAUAUGUAAGACAUAAUAUUAGUUUAAAAGAACCAGGGGGUGGUAGAUUAGAUAUCACUGUUGGACCAAAGCAAACUAUUGGUAGAACAGUUGAAAAUGUGAUUCUAGAAAUUCCUAUGCCAAAGAUAGUUUUAAAUUGCACUUUAACACCAAACCAAGGAAAAUAUUCAUUUGAUCCCGUCAGCAAGAUAUUAUUAUGGGAUAUUGGAAGAAUUGACGUUUCUAAACUACCAAAUCUUAGAGGAUCGAUCACAAUACAAAAUUCAACAGCUGUUACUGAAUCAAAUCCUGCCAUUAACGUGCAUUUUACGAUUAAUCAAUUAGCAGUAUCCGGAUUGAAGGUAAAUCGGUUAGAUAUGUAUGGAGAAAAGUACAAGCCAUUCAAAGGUGUCAAAUACAUUACUAAAGCUGGCAAAUUUCAAAUAAGAAUGUAAAUAUGCUAAAAUUAUAAAUAAUAUCCUUUCAAUAUUAUAUUAGAUAUGUAAUAUGUAUUCUCUUAUGUUAUUACAUCAAGAAAUUAAAUGUGGUGAAUUAACACCACAAUGUACACGUAAAUGUAUAACUUGCAAUAAUUUACUAUGUACAAAAUAAAAACAAAAUAACAAAA